GUCGUUGUUGGGGUUUUGGUGAAAUAUAUCAUUAGGGUUCAGCAUACUCUCUUUCAGAGAGCAGCAAAUACAUAACACACUCUGAACAUCAACCACAAAAUCUCCGGCGCCGUCACAAGCACCACCACCACAACAACAACCACAGAAACCAAACCAAUACCAAAUGGGUCAAAAGAAGAAAUUCAUCGACAAAAAAAACUCCCUCACCUUCCACCUCAUGGCACGUGACUCAACUGACCCAGCAUUCACAGAAUCCGACCGUAUCUUCGUUCGCGUCGACAACAAUCCCAUUUCUGCCGACUCCGUCUUCGCCGAUUCACCCGAUGAUCCCGAUGCCGAAUUCGAUACUCAUUAUGAAUUCGGUGAAAGUAGUAGUAGUCGUCCUUUGUCGGAGGAUGUGAGGAAGGAGAUUUUGGCAUUAGGGUUUCCUGAUGAUGGUUAUAAUUACUUGAAUCAUUUGAGAGAAAUUAAGAAUUCUGGUGGUGGUUCUAAUUACUUUAGUAACCCUAAGUUUAAGCUUGAGCAUGUUAAUGAUGUUAAGGCUUACGAUGCUUCGAGAGUGCGGAUUAAAGAGGCAGAGGAAGAGCCUGAAGGAAACAUUAUAUAUAGUGUUGCAUCCAAUACUGCCAACGUAAGGGUUCAGAGAGCUGUUGAUCCUGAAGUGGCUGCGCUGCUUGAUGACAGUGAUGCCUCGCGUUUUGACUCUGAUGUAGAAGAUUUGGAGGAAGACUUUGUUGUCCAGGCUAACCUCUGUGAAGACGAAGAUGAUGAAGAGAAUGCAAACACGAGUAAUGGAAAUAACUUUGACGAGGAAUCUACGAUGAAUAGGAGCUUAGACAAUGAGCAUGUAUUGCAAGUUUCUGAUUACUCCACUGUUGCCGAUGCUUUUGGUCCUCUGGAUGAGGGUUUAAAUGGUGCAACAGGUGUCCACUCUGCUGGUGAGCAGCCAAGACCUCGUCGUCUGUUAGAUGUACAAUUUGAUUUGCUUGAAAGUCAAGAGUAUGCAUCUGAUGGUGAUGAUGAUGAUAUUUAUGGUGAUUAUGAACAAAACUAUCUAGCUGAAGACGAGUCACUUGCUGAGAAGCCCAAACUCUCUCUUAGCAACGAUGAGAUGGACAGCCCAAAACUUGAUGAGAGUGGCAAGUAUAAGGUUCCUAAAGAUGAGAAGGAGCAAGAUGGUUUUGCUGGCGAUGUGAUUCGCCGUUGCAAGGAAUAUGGUCAGCAGUAUGAAGUUCAAGAUGAUGACAAGGAUGUUGUAAUUUUUGAAGAAAGUAGCGAUGAGUCAGAAGUUUGGGAUUGUGAGACUAUUGUUUCAACGUACUCAAAUUUAGAUAACCACCCUGGAAUGAUUGAAAUACCCGGGUUCACUAGGAAAAAGAAAUUGACUGAAACUGUGACUGCAGCCUUUAGUUCCUCUAAUCCAAUAAUUUCCCUAAGCGGUAAAGCAAAGCUCCCUGCAGACUUCUUGCCCGGCGGCAGAAAACCUGCUGCUGAAAAGGUUAAGGACGUGUCUACUGAAAAAACUGAGCUGUACAAGAGAAAAAAACAUGGCUUAGAGUCAAAAGAGGAGAAGAAAGAGAGAAAGGCUGCUGUGAAGGAGGAACGGCGUGAGGCACGUCGUACGAAAAAAGAAAUGAAAGAACUUUAUAAGUGUGAAGCAAAUCGGGCACAAAGAACUGCAGCUGGAUCUGGUGCUUCAUCCUAUCAUAUUUUCUAAGUUAACAGAAUCAAGUACCAGCUCAACUCGUUACUUGCGCAUGUCUGCCGUAGCAUUACAAUGAAGCUUGUGAGGUUCUAUGAUGUUUUAUACAUUAAUACCAAGUUUUGUCGCAUAAUACACAUAGCUUUUGUGUGUGUUGCCCAACCAAGAAUGUACAAGUGUUUUGGUGUCAUUAUUUAUCGGUUAUAUGUAAGCAUAAACAACUAUUGUUAUUCUGUUUCUCAGAAUUAAGUUUUGAGUGACUUAUGUUUUUGAAGAACAAUGUAAGGCAACCAUCUUAAUUAUACAUAAGGAUGCACAAUAGUUAGUUAUA